UAGGGUCCUGUAUUAGUGGUGUUGUAUUAUGGGGAUUGUAGUUAUGGUCAAGGAAGGAGGAGGAACAGAGGGUAAAAUGAGGUGGGACAAAAAAGAAGGGGCCGACCUUUUACCUUGAAGGUGAUGAUUGUGUUGUCACAGCAAUAUGGGGGGCAUGGGGGGCUGCACUAUGGGCAUCUUAAAAUGGAAAAAGAAGCUGGAAGGGGGUAGUUCAAGUGUGAGAGAUAGGCCUGGGGGCUAGGUCCAGAUAGGUGCCACAGUAUGAGGGUGUUCGGAACUAGCCUCAGGUUUGAAAAUGAAGUCAGGUUGUUACAUUACAUGUAGUUAUAUGCAGCCAACAAUGGUUUAUUUGUUUAUGUAUUGGUUUAUGAAUAUCAUUAAAGAUGGUUAAUAAUUUGUAUGUUGUGGGGUUGAUAUUCACAGUAACCUAUAAUAAAUGAAUCUGUGGCCUUUUCCAUUUAGAUUUACAGUAUUGGGGUCAGUGUCAGUAUUUGGGAAAGAAGAAAGGGGCAUAGGUAUUGAGGAUCCACAAGUCAUGUUAUUUUCCAUUUUAAUAUAUCCUAUUAGUGUCUGGACUAAUCAUUUUUACAGGUAAUGUCAACUUAAAAUGAAAAACCAAACAACAGUGAAUAUGUUGGUUCUCACUGGACUGUCUGAUCUUCCAAGUCUUCAGCUUCCUCUGUUCCUGGUGUUUCUCCUGAUCUACCUUAUGACAUUGACUGGGAAUCUUAUUAUCUUUUUCCUAAUUAUUAUUGAUUCCCAUCUCCACACCCCCAUGUACUUCUUCCUUGGAACCCUGGCAUAUCUGGAUAUGAGUAGCUCCUCAGUCACUCUCCCAAGAAUGCUCUUUGAUUUAUUCACACAUAAAAGGGUCAUUUUAGUGAGCGCUUGUAUAACUCAGAUCUACUUCUUCUUCUUUUUCUUUACAUCAGAGGUGUCUCUGCUGUCAGUGAUGUCCUGUGACAGAUACAUUGCCAUCUGCCGUCCUCUUCACUACAUGCAAAUAAUGAGCUGGAAAGUUUGUGUUUGGCUUCUAUUAUUGAUUAGUUGUUUUAGUGCAUUAAAUUCCUUGUUGCACACUGUUUUUUUGAGCAAAAUUAAAUUUUGCAGGUCAAAUGCUUUGCAAAAUUUCUUUUGUGAUCUGCCCCAGUUUCUUCAGAUCUCCUGUAGUGACACAUUCAUCAAUGUGUUGCUUAUAUUUCUCUCUGGGAUUUUGUUUGGCGUAGGCCCUUUAGGAGUCACCUUUUACACGUACUUCACAAUUAUCUCUACUGUACUGAAAAUCCCAUCAAAUCAGGUGAGAUCCAAAACUUUCUCCACCUGCUCCUCUCAUCUAACUGUGGUCUUUAUAUUUUACACUACUGUUUUCUUCAACUACUUUCGCUCAUAUGCAAAUGAUCAUUAUGCUGAGGACAAAGUGGCUUCUGUAUUUUAUGCAGUAUUAACCCCCUUUUUAAAUCCUCUGAUCUACAGUUUAAGGAACCAGGAACUCAAAUCAUCCCUAAAAAGAGCAUUGCAAAGACUUCAUAUUUUUUAA